AUGAGCACAGAGCCAGGCCCCAUAGAAGCUGAAAUUGAUCAGAGUGAAACUGCACCACUUGAGAUGGAGGACACAACCUUCCACACCAGGUCUUCCAUCAGCAGUUUAAAGGGCUUUCAAGAUGUUGAACUUUCAGAGAGAGAUGUUUCAAAGGAUGACAUUGCUCUGACCCUGAAGGUGCUAAAGAAAAUUCAUGACACAAGAGGCAAGAAAGCUACAGCUCAGAAACUCAUAAAGAAGCACAAGAAAAGAAAAGAAAAAGUUUUAGUUGAGGAAGUUUUGCCAACUAUAAAAGAAGAACCAGUUAGGAAAAUAAUUAAAGCUCAGGGGCAGGGUGCUGCAGGAAUGCCUGGCCAAAGGGCUGGAGAUGGUGCCUCAUGGUGGGAAUCUCUAUGUCAUCUUAUGACCCUGAGGCUAUCCAGAUCUCAAACAAAAAUGUCAGAAGAUCUAAACACUGAGUUAGUUACUGUGGCUCAGGAGAUUCAGGCAGAUCGGCACCCCAGCUGGGAACUCUUUCAGGAGAUCUGCCCCCUGUUGAAGAAAGAAAGCAAGGAUAAGCUUGAAGACCUUGCCUGGGAUGUAGUGUGGCCAGAGGAGAAACCAACUUUUGUCUGUGAAGAAGCAAUUAGAGAGGACAUGGUUAUCAGAGAUAAGAAAGAGAAUAAAGAGAUACCAGAGGAGCAAAAAGAGCAAGUGCAAAAGGAAGAAAGGGACAUGCAGGGCUUGCAGGAAGUAAUUCCAAAAAAAGGCAAGAAAAAGAAAGUUAUUUUUUUAGAACUGGGUGAUCUAACUAAGAGAAAACAAAAGUCAAAGAAGGAAGAAAAGAAAUCCUCUAAGAAGAUAUCUAGAGAAGAGAGGAAAACAAUACAGGAAGAAAGUAAAGUAGGUGAAAAAGAGGAGAAUGACCAAAGAAGAGGAAGAUUCAGCAAGAAAGUAGAGGAAAUGACAAAAGCAGAGGAGGAAGUGACUGAACGAAAAGAAAAACCAAUUAUUGCUGAAAUAAUGCUGUCUUGGCAAGAGUGGAAGAACUCAUGGAAUCAGUGCAAGCAGGCACACAAUGAAACAAGAAUAUCCUGGGAAGAAUGGAAGCAAGACUGGGACAGAAGGUGUCUUCAAGAAGAGAAGAAAAUACCCCAGGCUAAAGAGAAGCUAUUCCCAGAGGAGGAAAUGCCAAAGGGGGAAAAAAAGCUUAGAUGGGAUGAGUGGAGACAGCUCUAGGAAAAAAUAUUGUCAUCCAGAUCCAAGGAUGAGAAAGAAUUCACUCUAGAGAAAGAACUAUUUAAAGAGUGGGAGGAAAUAUCUAAGGAAAUGGAAGAGGAAGGAGGAGGAGAAGAAGAAGAAAAAGAAGAGCUUGUCACAGAAGAGCAAAGACAGAUCCAGGAAGAGCAUAUAAAGGUCAGGAGUCAGAGAAAACAAGCCCAACAUAAAAGACAACAAGCCAAAGAAGAGAAAAGACUAGCACAAGAAGAGGAACUUGCACAAGAAGAGAGAAGGUUGGCCCAGAAAGAGGGAAAACUGGCCCAAGAAUAUAUGAAAAUCUCCCUGAAAGACAGGAAAAUGGCCUAGGAAGAGAGUAAGUUUGCCCAGAAAGAGGAAAAACUGGCACAGAGAGAGGAGGUGCUAAGCCACAAAGCGGAGCAAUUGGCCCACUAAAGGAAGAAACUGGCCAAGAAAUUGGAGAAGACUGCCCAAGAAGAAGAGAAACUAGCAAAGAAAGUAGAGAAAGCUAUUGAGGCAAAAAUACUAUUGGCCCAGAAAGGGGAAACACUGAAGCAGAAGGAGCAAAGUCUGGAAUGGCAAGAAAAUGAGUUUGCCGAGAAACUUGAGGAACUGGCAAGGAAUAUGGAAGACCUGGCUUCAAAAGAAGUUGAGCUGAACCAGGAAGAAGAGAGAUUGGUUAAGGAAAAGGAGGAAGUGGCUCAGGAAGAGAAGAUACUGGCUUGGCGAGAGGAGACUCUGGCUAAGAAAGAGAAAGCACUGGCCCAGGAAGAAGAGAUGCUAGUGCAAGAAGAAGAGAAACUGACCCAGGACAAGGAAAAACCCAGGGAAGCAAGAAGAUUGGCUCAGAAAAGGCAGAAAAUGAUAGAGGAAAAAGAGAAACUGGCCCAGGAAAGGGAAAAACUGGUCCAGAACAAGAAAGAAUUCACACAGAGAAAGGAGAGACUAGCCCAAGAGGAAGAGAAACUGGCUCAAAAAAGGAAGAAUUUGGUUCAGGAAAAGGAAAAAUUGGCUCAGAGGAAAGAAGAUCUCCACCGUGUCAAAGAAGACCCCCUCCAGGAGAGAGAACAAUUAGCUCAAGUAAAGAAGAAAAUAGGGAUGUACAAGGAGACACUGGCUUAGGUAGAGGAGAAGCUGAAACAGGAAAAGGAGGUAGUGGUCAAGAAGAAGGAGAAGCUGGAUGCUGUAGAGAAGAAACUGGUUCAAGCAGGUGGAAUUCUGGCUAAAAAUCAGGAGAAAGUGGCCCAGAAAAAAAUGGAAUUAGCUGUAGAGAAGAAGGCAGUGUUCCAAGGAAGGAAAAUGCUCAUAGAUGAGCUGGAUGUUGCUAAGGAAGAAAAGACAUUGAACAUGAAAAGGAAGAUGAUGGUACUUCAAAAUCUAAUCAGUGAUGAAAGGAAAAUAACCCAGGAAGAAAUAAAGAUGACAAAGAUAAAGCGGCCACUCCUUGUCAAGGAGAAUGAACUGAGCAAGGAACAGAGCAGACUUGAUAUCAAAGAGUUGAAUUUUUCUGAGCAAGAAUCAAAACUUGCCACAGAUGAAAAGAAACUGGCUAAGAAGCAGAGAAAAAUAGCCAAGAAACUGAGAAAUAUUACAAAUCAAGAGAAAAAAAUGGCUGAGGAAGAAAGUAGAUUGGCCAAGGAACAGAGAGAAGUCAUACAGGCUGUAGAAGAGGAAGAGGAAAUCCCAUCCCUUAAACGAAGGCAGAAAAAAAGAAAACAAUCAAAAGAAAUUGAUACCCCAAAGGGAAAGUUUUACAGAAAAGUGGAUGAGAUGGAAAGUGAAGAGAGCAUUUCUAAGGAAAUAGAAAGCCUAUUAGAAGAAGUAGGACAAGAAAGUUUGUCUGAAGAGGAGGAAGAAGAAGAGGAAGAGGAGGAAGAAGAGAUGGAAGAGGUGGAGGAAGAGGUGGAGGAGGAAGAAGAGGAAGAGGAGGAGGAGGAAGAAGAGAAGUAUGAGAAGAGAAAGGAGAAGGAAAAGAAGAGGAAGAAAAGGAAGGUGGAAGAAGAGGAUGAAGGUUUCAAGGAAGAGAGAGAAAGCAUGAGUGAGGAAGAGUUGGAAAAUUUGAGAGAGACAGAAGAGAACUCAAUAGAAGCGAGCCAAGAAAAAGACAUUUUAAAAAGGGCAAAACUAUUUAAGUUACAAGAAGAAAGAGAAAAGGACCUACAAAGAAGGGAAGUGGUCCCUUCUAUUGAAGAAAGAUUCCUUGGGGUCGAAAGCAGGGAUAUAAAAUGGGGAGAUCUAAAAAGCUCUUCCAGACCAUUGAUCUUAGUACCUAAGGAUAUGGGACGAAAGACACAAAUGCCACUGCCUACCAAACAAAUAUCCUUGGAAGGAAAACCCACAGCACUCCAGGCAUGGAGGACAUUCUUACAGAUAAAGUUGACAGAUAAAGAAAGAGAAUUGUUGGAGAAAUAUAAACCCAUGCCUCUACAUGUGUUAAAUACAAGUUUAGUGUCCCAAGAGCAGGACAUGAAGACAUUAUUUAUGUCUGACAUAUUUAGAACUGUAGAGGCUCACAAAUUCCUACACAGACUCCCAGAUCCCAGGUCUAAGUGGCUUUUGCAGCAUCAUCCAACUCUGGAAAAUUGAAGGAAGGUACAACUACCUCUUCCCCAGAUCCUUGCUGACAAACAACAUCCAGAGGUAGAGGUAAGCCUCUCAGAUUUAGAGUGGAUCCACCAGGUCCUAGAAAGGAUGGAAGCAGGAGAACAGCUUUCCAGAGAUAGCUUCCACAGACUGUGUCAGCUCCUCAAAGACCUGACCUCAGAGGGAAACUUAGAGUGGCUAUGCCCAGCAAUGCUUGAAACCAUUGUGCACCAUCACAUGCAAGCUCUGGAAUCACAAAGCACAAGGGCCUCAAAGCCCAGUGAGGAGUCCAUGCGUCUAAAACACCUGAAAGUGAUUCCUCCUAUAAAAGGAAAGGAAAAGGAAAGUUGGCUAAAACCUUUGACUGCCCCCACACCAAAGUUCCCAUUACCUUCCAAGAGGAUUACAGACCCAAAUGCUACAAAUUGGCAUCUUUUAGGUGAGCCUUUCAGGAGUACAGGGAUACAGCAGUUAUCCAAUGGUCUAAAAGAAAUGCAGAUACAUUUUUAUCCCGUCACAAGAGACCUCUUCACAAGUGCCCGUGCCUCUGUGAACAAACAAACACUGGCACUAAUGUUUCAGAAUGACCUUAGGGCUUUUAAGGGUAAGGACAGAUUUCCUAAAUUGCCCAAGUUGGAGAAGAAGACACAGCCUAUCUCGAAAGAAGAGGUACCUCCAUGGGAGACAUUUGUGGCACUGUACCAUGUUUUGCGGAUGCUCCAGCAGCGAUAUGCCAAAGACAUUGCUGCUUGGAUGGAACAGUUCCAUCAGCUCAUGGACUUGUACCAAGUCAAGUCCCUCAGAAUCCAGAGGCUGCUACAAGAUCUGCUACUGAGAGAGGAGCCUCAACCCAAACAGAUCUACAAAGAGGCCCUCAAGGCCAUGGAGCUAGUGCCUGGGGAACGGCUACUCUAUUGCUUGGUUUGUGGACAUUCCCAUGACCUUGCAGGUCCCCUCAAGUUCCAGAAUGUGAUACCCAUCUCUGGGCAGAACAAGGUGCACACUGUCCAACCUGUGGGGAUUGCACAGUAUGGAUUUUUAGAGCUUUCCUGGAAAAGCCUACCGCAAGUCAAUCCUUUCCACAUUGAGAGGCUACCCAACACCUCCAUUCUCUGAUUUGGCCUAAUUUUAAGACUUUGAGAUCCUGUUGGAAAUCAUGAGACUGGGCCACAGAUUUUAAACAUGCUCACUUGCUAUCUACUUCAACGUGAGGUUAGACAAGGGCUUUCAAUCAGCUCCAUAAAUGCUACUGUAUACUGAAUAAAAUGAAAUUUCUCAUUUGUAACAAAUAUUUUUACUUCUUUUCCUCUAUAAGCCUGGAAUGUCCUGGAAUGUGGCCACAGAAAAUACUCUGUCUUAUGGGAAACAUUUUUUUUCAGUCAAUGGAGUACAUCUUUUGGAGAGCAGGGCCCAGUGAUGAUCAUCUUUUGAUAGAAAAGUUUGUCCUAGCAAUCUUUUUUUCCCAUUAGCUCCUAUUUACUUUCCUCAGAAGAUCUCAUGCAAUUGAUCUUUUAUUAACUUACCAUUAAUAUGAGAGAAAGCCUAUUAAUUUUGCCCCUAUACA